AGGAGGAAAACAGUAAAUAUAGCCACUACUGAGGAGGGGGGAGGAAGGGAAAGCAGCAUUUUUCUUCUGUUUAGUAAAGUUUCCAAGCUGUAUUAGAUCAAUUUUCAGUUGUAAACUUUUGAAAAAUCCACCAUAAUGCUUUGUUCAGAGUUACGCACAUUUUGGACAACCAUCCAUUUCCAAGGGGUUUAUCACGCUACAGUUCUAGUGUACUAAGUGGGGCAGCGGAAGAAGACUCUUAGUAACUUUCCCAGAGUGUCAGUGUGUGUGGGAUGCUGUCCCUGUAGCUGACUAAAGUACACCUGCGGCUGAUAGCACCAGCUGAUUAAAGUGAUUAAGGUCACCAACGGACAUGAUGCGCUUGUAUUGAGGAAGAGGUCUAGUUAAUAAGUAAUCCCAGGAAGUAACAAAGGAUUGUAGAAACAAUACAGCGUCCGACAUCAGAGAGGCUCUCACAAUUUUAAAACUAAGCUUAAGAACACACUAGAUACCCUCACCCUCCACCCCCCCCCCAAAAGAUACACUCCUCUCCAAUAGCAACAGCAUGAAAAAUAAGGACAACCAAAGUGCACAGGAAAGUAACCCCAGAUGUCCAGAUAGCAGCGCAUUUAAGCAACAGAAACUGCCAGCCUGGAAGCCCAAGCUCACAGCUUCAACUGUCCUCUCCAGCUUCUUUGUCAUUGGACUCUUCUGCCUCCUUGUGGGAAUCUGCCUAAUAUUAUCUGCAAGAAGCGUCAACGAAAUUCAGAUUGACUAUUCAGAUGUAUGUCUGAAUUGUUCAAAACUGCGUGAAAGCUCCUCUAACUGGGAUAAAGAAUGCAACUGUUUCGCCCACUUCACUCUGCAGGAAAAUAUGCCGGGUGAUAUUUUUAUGUACUAUCGCCUGCAAAACUUUUAUCAGAACCAUCGUCGGUAUGUUCUCUCCAGAAGUGAUGCACAAUUGCUAGGCCAAGAUGUAAAUAUUCAGAACAGCUAUUGUGCACCUUUCGCAACCUAUCCAAAUGGAACUCCAAUGGCUCCCUGCGGCGCCAUCGCCAACAGUAUGUUCAAUGAUACUGUUCAACUUUUUUACUAUGUGAACUCAUCCACUGCUAUCCAAGUGCCAUUGCUGAAGAAUGGAAAUAGUUGGUGGUCAGAUAAAAAUGUGAAAUUUCGGAAUCCAACAUCAUACAAUCUUUCUUCUGCAUUUGCAGGAACAGCAAGGCCUCCUUACUGGCAGAAACCAGCCUAUUUACUGGAUGAGAAGGAUGAAAGGAACAAUGGCUAUAUAAACGAUGACCUUAUCGUCUGGAUGCGGGUGUCAGCCUUUGCCACGUUCAGAAACCUUUACCGUCGCCUCAGCCGUACAAACCAAUUUGCUGAUGGUCUCCCAGCAGGGAAUUACACCUUCCACAUUACCUACAAUUUCCCUGUAACCAAAUUUCAAGGCAAAAAGCAGCUGGUUCUCUCGACCAUCACGUGGAGUGGAGGGAGUAACCUUUUUCUGGGAAUCGCCUACACGGUUUCUGGCGCAGUAAUAGUGCUGGCAGGCUUUGUCAUUGCUGCAAUUCACUUAAAGCGGAGAAAAAAGAAAACAUACUUUCAGAGACAUCCCAAAUGACAUAGCUUUCUGAACAAACAUCAAGAUACACCUGUGAGCUAGUGUACGGGGGCACUGGGGCGGGCUAUGGACCUUUCAUGCUGUCUUUCAUUUCAGUCAUGACAUGGAUUUGGUAAAUGCAAAGGAGUCAUAAGCAAAGUGAUGAUUUGUCAUAACCCAAAACAAACAUAAUUCAGUCAGGGUGGCUUAUGGUCUUAUUAGCAUAUGAAUUACAUAGAAGUACAUUUUCCCCUAAUGAUUGCCCGUCAAAGUCCAAGAUGAGGAUCAGUAAGAGAAAUCUUAGCAAUUUUAGAACUACAAACUCCAGAAAGGAUAUUGAGUACAAAUACCCAAGCCAACUGGCCAACCGCCCAGGUCCUUACUCAGUCUUCUGAUCUAAGUCCUUAUUCAGGUAGAACUCCCAUUGACUUCACUGGGAGCUUUCUGUGAGUAACAGUUGAUGCCCUGAUCCAACCCAUCAGGCACUCUCACUGAAAUGAGUGGGACUAUUCAUAUGCUUGAAGUUACAUACAAGCUUACGGGUCUAAUUUUAAAGGUAUUUAGGGCUUAACUCACACUGAUUUCAGUGGGUGUAAGGUGCCUAAGUGCCUUUAAAAUUGGGGUUCUAAGAGCUUUGCAGCGUCGAUGCCUGAGUAACGAUCUUGAGAUUUGGGCCUUUCGGAGUACACCUUUGGACAUUAGGAGUUGGGAGAAUCAUCUUGCUUAACUGAAAGGAGUUGAGUAGAGUUGAUUCCUCGCUGAAUGCAUUUAAACCUUCUUUGCAGCUAUUUAGCUGAAGACUGUUUUCUGUCAGGCUGGAGUAAAGGGUCAGCUGUUCAGUGAUUUUCUCUGAUCAAAAAGCUAAAGUUCAGACUCUCAAGAAAAAGAUAGGGCUAAAACUUAAACAUGACCAUUUAAAUGUCAGUAUGAACUAUUUCUCUGCCGAUCGCUGCAGCAGAAACAUCUAGCUAACUUGCUUAGACCAUAGUCCCAAAUUGUCUCUUGCUCAUCUGUGCCAAAAAGCUUCAGUAGUCCGCUACAGUCGCCAAGACCUCCAGCUUCUUACCAGAUGACUUCUAUGGCAUUGCCAGUUGAAAAAUCAGAGACAAAUUGAAAAUAUAGGGCAGGAUGAACUUCAUUGAAUUUAAUCUAAAAAUAAAUACACAGACUGCUUAAUUGUGUCAUUCGUUUUCAAGGUUAGUUCAUUUAUAAACCUUCAUUUUUUAAAAUGUAAAUAAGCAUAAGGGAACAGAAUCUGCUGCAGAAUCUAGGAACCUUGCUGCAGAAUGUAGGUCAAAUUUGCCAUGGAGAACAUGGAUGACUAUUAAUGGGAGGUUUCAUGAUGAAAGUGCAAAUGAAAUUAAAGCUAAUAUCAUUUACUUAAAA